AUGAAGCUCCUCCUUAGUCUUGUUAUCUUUGCAGGCAUCACCACGACCGGACAUCUCGAAAUUGGUACUGCUACGAUAGAACCACGGCUUGAUAAGUACGGAUGGUUUGAAGGACAGGCACGAGAAGGGUUGGAAUUGGAAUGUUUUGGGAGUUGGGUUGCAGGUUGCUCUGCAUGGAGCCUCGAGGGGAGGUGGGAGACCUGGAUAAAUCAAAUCCCUGAAUCAUCCGAAAGUCCGAAAGUUGUUUUUGGAAUUGUGAGAACUGCCCUUGGUGUGUCGAUAUACCUAGAGCAUGCCAUAUAG